ACACUGAGUAAUUUUAUUGUGAUUGAAUGUCAUAUAGAGUGAACACAUUGUGCGAACUGUAUUCCACAUCGUGAAGUUACAUCGAUUCAAUCGUGUGGUGUGCUUUAUUUUUGGACGGUUUUUUGCGUUUAGUUUUUCUGUAAAUACAUUUUCAUUUCUCUUUUCACCGAUACAAUUUGUUCUUUCGAUUUCCCUCCCGAACAUUUUCAAUUUCCCACUUUCAUGGUCAAUUGCAUUCGAGUGUAAAUUUUGAACGGAAGAGUUUUCGCGACCGAAAAAAAUAUAUAUUCGUUUCGAUACAAAGUGAAAGAAGAAAAUAACAACACACAUAAAAUCAACUGAUGGGAAUCAUCAUGUCAUCAAAGAACGCUCAAGAGAAUGGAAAUGGUAUUAACGCCAAACGAAGCAAACUCUACAAUUCCAAAGUGACCGUUGUCCUAGGCGCACAGUGGGGUGAUGAAGGAAAGGGAAAGGUUGUCGAUAUGUUGGCAACCGAGUCGGACGUCGUCUGUCGGUGUCAAGGUGGCAACAAUGCUGGGCAUACAGUCGUUGUUGAUGGCACUGAAUUCGAUUUUCAUUUGCUUCCAAGUGGCAUCAUCAAUGAGAAAUGCGUUUCAGUAAUUGGAAACGGUGUUGUCAUACAUUUGCCGGGAUUGUUUGAAGAAUUGGCCAAAAAUGAGAGCAAAGGUUUGCACAACUGGGAAAAGCGAUUGAUUGUUUCAGAUCGUGCACAUUUGGUGUUCGAUUUUCAUCAACAAGUCGACGGUUUUCAAGAAGCCGAAAAAGCAAACACCGGCAAAUCGUUGGGAACCACAAAGAAAGGUAUUGGCCCAACAUAUGCCAGUAAAGCCAAUCGUACUGGUAUUCGAGUCGGCGAUUUGCUCGGUGACUUCAAUGUAUUUGCUGAAAAACUCCGAUCCAUAGUAUUAUCGUAUCAGCGUAUCUAUCCAGAUUUCAAUGUUGAUGUCGAAGCUGAACUCGAGAAGUACAAAGUAUAUGCCGAAAAAUUGCGACCGUUGGUUGAUGACACAAUUUCAUAUUUACACAAUGCAUUGAAAGAAGGUCGUUCAAUACUUGUUGAAGGUGCAAAUGCAGCUAUGUUGGACAUUGAUUUUGGAACUUAUCCAUAUGUGACAAGUAGUAAUUGCAGUAUUGGUGGUGUCCUAACUGGUUUAGGUUUACCACCACAAACAAUUGGCGAUGUGAUUGGUGUUGUAAAGGCCUAUACAACUCGUGUCGGUGAUGGUCCAUUUCCCACAGAACAAUUAAACGAAAUUGGUGACCUAUUGCAAACGCGUGGCGGUGAAAUCGGUGUAACAACAAAACGAAAACGACGAUGUGGAUGGUUAGAUUUGGUGUUAUUGAAAUAUACCUCAAUUAUAAAUGGAUACACAGCAAUUUGCUUAACAAAAUUAGAUAUACUGGAUACGUUUAAAGAAGUUAAAAUUGGUGUUGCCUAUAAACAAAAUGGCAAAUCAUUGGAUCAUUUUCCCGGUUCGAUCAGUGAUUUGGGCCAAGUUGAAGUGGACUUUAUAACAUUGCCCGGUUGGGAACAAUCAACAGAAGGUGUUCGUGAUUUUAAUGAGCUGCCGAAAAAUGCCCAAGACUAUGUACGAUACAUUGAAAACUAUUUGGAUGUUCCAGUGAAAUGGGUUGGCGUUGGCAAGGGCCGUGAAUCAAUUAUCAAUGUCACAUAAAUCAAUCACCACUGCCACCGCCUAUUGUCAAAAACAAUGCGCGCGUGUCCUCUCCUAAUAAUGUCAUGUACAAAACAAAAAAAAAAAAAAAACAAA